AGUUGAGUGUGCAGUGCCGCAGUGGAAGGAACCUUAGGCAGGCACACCGCUCCCAGCAAAGCCACUGUGUAAAAACGCUGUGGGACUUCUGUGGAACUUCUGUGUAGUUCUCUCUCUCUCGCCGUGCCGCUGACAAGUGACUCUUUAUAAAAUUGUGAGACAGUGCAAGUGUCCGCGAAGAGCAGAAGUGCCAGUGCCAAGCCCAAGGUCGAAGAGCAGUGUAUGUUCGUUAUCAUCAAGAUGUUGCCCUUCCGCGUAGCGCCUUAUCUGAGUCUCCUGCUGGUGCUCUGUGGCUCCGCGCUCGCCCAGGAGACCGAACAGCCGCCCACAGGCCUCCCGCCCGUGUUCGAUAUCGACUUCGAAUCCACCGACGCUCAGCUGACCGGAUGCCCUCCCGAUAAGGUGUCUUUCGAGCUGGUCACCGGCUAUGUAUACUCCGCGCCGGCCGACAUGCUCGACUCGCAACCGGGGACGCUCAUGUUGACAGAUUGCAUCGACAUGUGCAGGAAAAACCGAUCGUGCAUGGCCGUCAACUACGAGACCGGCCUGUGCGUUCUCUUCUCGUCCAAUGCGGAUAUGUAUCCAGGUGCCCUCACGUCCUCGCAGUUCCCGGUAUUCACCCUCUACGUCCAGAAGAACUGCCUGAAGGACGCCCCAACCUGCGACAGGGCGUGGAGCUUCGAAAGAGUCAUGGGUUUCGAACUCGCCGGCUACGCGAGGAGGAGCAGGAGGGUCGCUUCGAGGGAGGACUGUGAAGAGCUUUGCAUGAGCGAGACCGAGUUCUUGUGCAGGUCCGCGAACUUCAACAACGCCACCGGGGACUGCCAGAUCUCCGACAUGGACCGCCACACCACCGUGGGCACCGGGGCUUUCAAGGUGGCCGAGAACAGCGACUUUCUGGAGAAUAACUGCGUGGACGAUCCCGUGAGGCUUUGCGAAUUCCAGAGGAUGGAGGGACGCAUCCUGAAGACUGUCGACUCGGUGUUCCAGGACGUGGAGAGUCUGGAGGACUGCAAGCGUCUCUGUCUCACCGCCCCCUUCAGGUGCUACUCCUUCGACUUCGGCGACACCGGCGACAAGGUGUGCCGCCUGUCCCACCACUCCGCCGCCACGCUCACGCACAUCGAGGAGCCGUACCUGGAGAUCGCCGAGACCGCCACUUACGAGCUGUCGUCCUGCUACAACGUGACGAUCGACUGCCGCUCCGGAGACAUGGUGGCCAAGAUCAAGACGUCCAAGAUCUUUAACGGCAAGAUCUACGCCAAGGGCUCGCCCAACACUUGCGUCAACGACAUCGAGAACGCGCUCGAGUUCGAACUGCAGAUGACCUACAACGACAUCGACUGCGACGUGGAGCGUGACAGCGCCUCCCGCUACAGCAACGACGUGGUCAUCCAGCACCACGACAUGAUCGUGACCUCGGCCGACCUGGGGCUCCGCGUACACUGCCAGUACGACCUGACCAACAAGAGCGUGAGCAACCGCGUCGACCUGAACGUGGAGGAGGACCUGAGCCCCAUCAUGGAGGAGGGCAGCACCGUGGACUCCCCCAACGUGAUCAUGCGCGUGACCAACCGCAACGGCGACGACAUCUCUGACGCCUCCGUCGGCGACAUGCUCCAGCUGCGCUUCGAGAUCGUCGACCGCAACUCCCCCUACGAGAUCUUCGUGCGCGACCUGGUGGCCAUGGACGGCGGCAACACCAAGAACCUCACACUCCUGGACGGCCGCGGAUGCCCCACCGAGAUCUCCAUCAUGAGGCCGCUCCUCAAGGUCGACAGCACCGGCAAGGUCCUUGGCGCCACCUUCGACGCCUUCAAGUUCCCCACCAGCGAUGUCGUUCAGUUCCGAGCACUUGUGACGCCGUGCCUGCCCACCUGCGAGCCCGUCGUGUGUGACGUCAUGGACUUCGGUGGCCAGGUGAAGCAGGCCGAGAGCUACGGAAGGAAGAAGAGGGCCAUCUCUCACAUGAUCAUGGGUAACACCGGGCUUGCCGGCCGUUUCGCGCAGGAUUACACCAUCAUCAACCCUAACUCCAUGAGCGUCGUGUCCCACCCCGAGCAGAGGGUGAGGCGAGAGGCCACGCAGGAGAUCCCCGAAGAACUCCUGGUGGUGCAGUCCAUCAACAUCUUGGACAAGUUCGCCUUCAGAGGACCUCAGACCCAGAGCCGAGACAACGCCGCCAACAACAACAGAAAGGAGACCGUCACCGCGACCGACGGCGACCCCGAGCUCGUGCUGCAGGAGGACGUGUCCGGCGUGUGCAUUAACAUGGUGGGCCUCGUGCUGGCGUGCUCCGUGUUCCUGGUGGCGCAGCUGGUGAUCAUCGUGGCCUGGACCGCCGUGUGGCACCGCCGCCGCAGGAGCAAGCUGGAGGAGCCCCUCAGCCCGGCCACCACCACCGAGUCCCUCCGUCAGCUCUACGACUCGGGCUACCCACGCAGGAUCUAACGCCGUCUCCCCGCUCGCGCCGCCGUUGCACUCACCGACGCCCUGCGCCCCGUCCUGAGGGUGUCCUUCCGGGCCAGCGACAGCCCGAGGCGCGGCGCGGACGCCCCCCGCGCCGCGCCGUCGCCUCCCGCCGUCCCCGCGCCGCGUCGUCCUGCAUACGUCCGACAGGAUUCCCUCUAUCCGAUGGAAAUCCUGUAGGGACGCAGGUGGACGGGAGGAGACACGCAGGACCCCGGCGUCGCAUGGCGUCACGUGCAGCGCCGUGGCCUCACCCAGACAGCGCAACGAGCUGAGCCGAAAGCAACGACCGACCCCCGAAGUCCAACUCCUGCGACGGCCUCCCGCGGUCUUGGUAACGCGGAGGGAGCGCAGGAAGUGAUAGGCCUACUCCACAAAUACCCGACUAACUAACCAAUUAACCCAUUCAGACUGCCUGCACGCACGCACGUCGCAUGCACGCAGUCUAAACGAGGUGGCCGAGCGGCUUACGGACGUGUGGCUUCGAACCAACACCGUCCAAAGGUGUCCACUUACUCUGGCCGAUAUCGUGAUUACGCCUUUCCUCUUUUCUCUCCUUGUUCUUCUCUUCUCUUUCUCCUCCUUCCAAAUCUUUCGCCGCUACGACUCGACCACGACUACUUCCGGUGAACCCCACCUUAGUGCGACUACCAUGACAUUAAAAAAAAGGAAAAAUCCGCAGGCAUUUCAAAGAAGUUUUAAUCUCACUCACAUAUACUCCAAGGCUAUUACCAAGGGCAUUAUAAUAGCGACGGGUCUCGGGAUUCGCCGCGGACUAACACUACUAGUGAUAAGAAGUUAUUCUAACCCUAUUUUAAAUCAUGUGAAAAUACGCAGUGUCUUACGAGUGUAUGUAGGAUACCAUGUGAUAUACAUAUUUUUUUUUUUCUUUUUUUUUUUACAAUACGAAACGGACGCUUGUACUCAACCAAGUCGGACUGAAACCAAAACUCAAGUGACUAUUGAAAACGAAGUGAUUUUGUUUAUUUAUUCAUUAAUGAACCUAUUUAUUGGAUGUCAUUUUUAGAUAUAUUGAUUAAGGUACUUUCCUUCCUCUCCUAGCUUCCUCCUCGCGACCUGAUGCAGACAAGUCGACAGCUGUUGAGGUGAUGGUGCUUCUGGGACCACUUGGGAGAGACAAAGAGGCCAAAGAGAGUGAAUUUGUGUCGCUUUGUUCGUAAUUAUUUUUUUUCUUCAGUUCAUGUUGUGUUCAGUGAGCUAUUUAUUAACACGUACAUUUGUUUGUUCAAUACGUCUGUGCAUGGUGUGUUCAUGGCAUCGGAUAUGUGUUAUUUGUUACGUUAUUUGAUUAUUUAUUUAUUUAUUAACAUGUGUAUUGUAAUUUAUUCGUUUGUGCAUGAUACGUAUGCAUGUUAACACACACAUACACACACGCAAACACGUAAAGUGGUUAAAAGGCAUUACAUUAUUGAGAAUAUAGAGGCAUUAAUUAUUCUUAAAUGUUCUAAGUUACCUGAAUACCGUAAGUUUCUCCUUUAGUGUUGCAGACUUAGCCAAAGCAUACUCUCAAGUUCGUUGCAAGUCCGGAUCGAUUGCAGAUUGCAUUUCUCGAUCUAACCUCCCCCCCCCCCCCACACACACAUACACACCCUCUCUCUCUCUGUCUCUCCCCCUGCUUAUGGUGCUGGUGUUUUUUAAAAAAAGGGAAUUAUAUAUCGAUUAUCUCAGUUAUUUAAAUCAACAGAAGAUUUUAAAUAAAAAAAAAAAAACUGAUCAGAGAAAAAAUACAAUAGGGCGAUGACACAUAACAAUACCUUUAUUUAUUUAUUUAUUUAUUUAUUUUUCUACCGCUACAGCAUCUGAUCAUAUAUAGUGAAGAUUUUGUUUCUGUUUGGGACCACAGGCUUUUAACACAGAGUGCUUAAGAGAAAAAGAUUGGAUAUGGAAAACAAUUAAUGUGUAUUUAGGAAUCAUUCUUUUUCCAUCCUUCAUUUAUUUUUUCUUUUUUCUCCUGCUGGUGUUCAGUCUCUCAAAAUAAGAGAAGAAGAAGUUGAUAACGCUUAAUAUUUUGAGAUUCACACCAGUAUUUAUUGUAGUUUAGAAUCUGUUUUCCAUUAACACCUUUUAAUUAAAAUAUAUCUGUAGUUGCGUAGUUAUACUGAUGUAUCUGAUUGCUCAAUUUGCUUGGCAGGAAAGAAGUUGAUAUCAAAUUCUCUGUUGGAGGAUUAUUAACUUUAUAUCAAUAAUAAUUUCCUGUCAAAUCUCCGUUCUUUCCGAUUCAAAAGUUACUAAUAGGUUUUGCACUAAUAUUGUUUGGAUUCCAAACUGUAUUCUGCCAAAGGGUUUUCUCACAGUAGUUUCUUGGUAGUAGUAAUAGUCCAGAAUUUAUUUCUUUUUAAGGAUACUUAAGGCUAUUCGUCAUCAGUAACCCGUAGUUUGCUUCGCUUAUUAAUACAAUUAGACGCUUUGCUUUUGCUAACAUGACUUUUUUUUUGCUUGCUUGCUUGCUAACAAUUUUGCUUGCCUGUCUUACUAACCGCUUCCAUUGCUUAACAGUCUCUGAGGCUUUGCUUAACGAGAGUGCAACUGUUAUAUAAAACAAUUUUUUUUUUUACAUUAUAUUGAUGACUUUCGUAAUCCUGAAUUUCUGCACAGUUCGCUCUUACCAAAACCCCCAGAUACUACUGCUUACCGCUUUGUUGCAUAUGCAAUUUCAAGUUGCAUAUUGUUGCUAAUGCUUUGCUUGUGCAUGGUAGUUACUAACAUCACAUCGCCAGUAGAAAUUUUAUUGCACUCUUUAAUCAACUAACAUUUCUUCGUAGGUCCUCUCGCCAUAAUAUAGGGAUCACAUUCAUUAUAUUGUGUGAUUCCAGUACCAAAGUAUUGCUGAAACUGAUUUGUUUUAGUGUACUUUAUAGACUGCGUAUAUAAGCUUUAAUAACUGCUAAUUAUCUUCUAAUCAUUAACAAAACAACAUUGAUAAUUUUUCUCUCGGUGGUCCCAGCAUGUAUAACUUUGCUAUACCGAAACAUAGACGGUGGGUAAAUACGAUGGUUCAUAUACACAACAGAUAAUCUUACUAUUAAGAUUUGGAAAAUACUUUUAAAAUAGCAUACAAGCCAUGUACUAUGAUAUACCAGACGGGCAUACCAAGUACUUUUUUAAACAUACCAACAACAACCAUACCACAGAUUAGCAUACCAUAAUUUACCUCGGGUUUGUGCAUUUUCUUAUAAAAAAAAAGUUGCCAAUAUUUUUAUUUCAAUUUUUUUUCUCUCUUCAGACUAAGUAGAAAGUGCUUUUAUUUAUGUGUAAGUUUGAAGCCCAAUGUGGCUACAACUUCGCGACUGUGCCUUGUAGAAACUGACGUAGGAAGAAUGCUUGUUAGGUAUGCUUGCGUUUUGCAUGAUUGCUUGUGAAUGACGGCAUGAGUGCUUGUGUUGACAAUUUUUGUAGUGUGUGACGGAUGACAAUAAGGGCGUGAAUCGCAGUGAUUAUACACGUGCUUGUGGCAUUAUGUAUUGUGUUUCCUUCAUGCAGUGUAGAUUGUAAGAUUUUCCUAUGUAUUUGUACCAAAGUACACAAAAUUAAAAGGAAAAAAAUAUA